CAAAUAAUUUGAGCUAGCAUGAAACUACAAACAUGUGAAGUUCACAGAGUUUAACUCCUACGGUCAUGUCUCAAUGGAGAUAAGAUGCAAUUCCUAAGUAAUCGCCUUAAUUUUCUCAGUACUUUGAAAAGGCGGAGAACUGAGUCUGUCAGCGAAGACCCAGAAGAAAUUGUGAGCUCAACACAAACGCCCCAAAAACGAUUAAAACUUGAUUAUGCGUAUAGCAUUAUCACAGCCCCCAUCACAACAGUUUUAUCCAUAACAAAACGGUUGAUGGCUGCCCCUUUAGCACCAAUCCCACAGACAGCAGCUGCAACCACAUCAGAAGAACCCACCAGCUCGGAUAGCCGAGCAGCACCAGAAUCAGAGAACACCGCCGCCCCACCGAGAACAGUGUCCACUUCAACUCAGUCCGUGCAAACCACCCCACAACCUCUGUCAGUAUCAGAACAGCGCCUCGCGCUUCGUAAACAUGUCAUCAGCAAGUCCACCAUUCGUGAUGUUAUCCAGUUGGAGCAGAGAGAGAAGUACCGUCAGCUGCUGCACAAGUACACCACAAACUCCUCACUCCACUCCACACUAGGACAUGCUAACAUGACUAGCCCCCUGACAGACACCCCAGGGAAGGUUGGAGGAAGGUAUCUGACCAGCACGCCAGCGCCGCCGCCGCCCCGACAUGUAAUCACCAGUAUGUCGCCGCCCUCUUCCGACAGUGGCACUGGCAGUGGGAGUGAAGCUUCAGGCCCUGUGUAUCAGAACAAGAGAAUGAUAAAGGAGACCUCCAAGAAGUCAAGCUGGACUAACCCAUUUGACAACCAGUGGCUUCAAAACUGGCACAAGAUACUCACUGAAAAUGUUUCUGAAACUGAUAGGCAGAUUCAAGAAACAAAGAAAAGCUUGGAUGAAACUAAGCUAAUUAGUAAACAACACCAAGAAUCAUUUGAGAAAUUGGUAGACAAAUCAAUAAUUGAGGAAGUUUCCGAGGAUGAAGCCAUUGGUGAUGAGAUUGACUCCUUCCCUCAACUAACUCUUCAAAUGGCAGAUGAGGUGGAGAAAGCGAUGUAUGGUGGUCCUCAACUCGAAACUUUGGUCGAGGGAUUCAAUAUAACUUUAGCGAGGAAAGAUAUCCAGACUUUGAAAGACAUGACCUGGCUAAAUGAUGAGGUGAUUAAUUUCUACUUCAACCUGCUUAUGGACCGCAGCAAGAAAUGUGCCCCAACAAUUCACAUUUUCAACACAUUCUUUUACCCGCGUCUUCUGAAAGUCGGACAUCAGGGAUUGGCGCGCUGGACGCGAAAGGUUGAUUUGUUCGCAGUGGAUUUGAUCAUGAUUCCUAUACAUCUGGGAAUGCAUUGGUGUUUGGCAGCUAUAGAUAUGAGAGCUAAAACUAUAACCUACUAUGAUUCCUUGUUGGGGGACAACCACCAAUGCACUAAUGCUUUAAGAGACUAUAUUGCCGCUGAGCAUCAAGCCAAGAAGAAAUCCCCUCUAGAUAUCAAAAAUUGGAAACUGACCAUCGAGAAGGACAUACCAGAGCAGUUGAACGGCUGCGACUGCGGAGUUUUUACGUGCAAAUAUGCGGAGUAUGUGAGUCAGGACAAAACUUUCGACUUCACCCAGGCUGACAUGCCCUACUUCAGACGGCGAAUGAUAUGGGAGAUGGUUAAUAAGACUCUUUUAUAAACUUUACAAGAAAAACUGCUAGACAGUGUAUAAUUUAUUUACUAGUGUGCUGUGAAAUUGCUGGUUUUUGUUCACGCUUUAACGAUAUUAAGUGAGAGACACUUUUAUACUCCUUGUGUCUUUGUUUCAGCUGAGAUUGAGAAAAUUAGACUUGAGUCAAGCGUAUAAUAGCAAUUUAUAGCAAUUUACAUUUUGCUCACUGCUCAGCAUACGGUGAUAAAAUACGAUGAAAGUUGCAAAUAAUUUUCAUAAUUUUGAUGAAAAUCAUCAAUUCAUAAUUAUCCCUAGUCCCACUUUCGUUUACAAUACCUUUUAACAGAGUGUGAUAAACUUUAUUUCUGUUGGCAUGGUUUGUCUUUUUCUUGGCAAGCCAGGAUUUUUAAAUCGGAUAUAAUAUUUUUAUCCCUUCAUGUUACUGUUUGUCAUAUCGAAACAUCUAGGGUUACUUUUGUGGAAUAAAAUUAGAAA